UGGGCUGAGCGGGUGGGAGAGGUACAGGGCGCUCCUCGAAAUGGCUCAGAUGCAGGACGAGCAGAGAGGGGGCGCGCCCUUGAUGGCGGAAGGCAAGUCGCAGGCGGAGGUUAAGCUCAUUCUGUACCACUGGACGCAUUCCUUCAGCUCCCAAAAGGUGCGCUUGGUAAUUGCUGAAAAGGCAUUGAAGUGCGAGGAACAUGAUGUAAGUCUGCCCCUGAGUGAGCACAAUGAGCCUUGGUUUAUGCGUUUGAACUCAACCGGAGAAGUGCCUGUCCUUAUCCACGGGGAAAACAUUAUUUGUGAGGCCACUCAGAUCAUUGAUUAUCUUGAACAGACUUUCCUGGAUGAAAAAACACCCAGGUUAAUGCCUGAUAAAGGAAGCAUGUAUUACCCACGGGUACAGCACUAUCGGGAACUGCUCGACUCCUUGCCGAUGGAUGCCUAUACCCACGGCUGCAUUUUACAUCCUGAGCUGACUGUGGACUCCAUGAUCCCAGCUUAUGCAACAACAAGGAUUCGCAGCCAAAUUGGUAACACGGAGUCUGAACUGAGGAAACUUGCUGAAGAAAACCCAGACUUACAAGAGGCCUACAUCGCAAAACAGAAGCGACUCAAAUCCAAGCUACUUGACCACGACAAUGUCAAAUAUUUGAAGAAAAUUCUUGAUGAGUUGGAGAAAGUCUUGGAUCAGGUUGAAACUGAGUUGCAAAGAAGAAAUGAAGAAACCCCAGACGAGGGCCGCCCGCCCUGGCUCUGCGGAGCGUCCUUCACCCUGGCCGACGUCUCGCUGGCCGUCACGCUGCAUCGACUGAAGUUCCUGGGGUUUGCCAGGAGGAACUGGGGAAAUGGAAAGCGACCCAACUUGGAAACCUAUUACGAGCGUGUCUUGAAGAGGAAAACGUUCAACAAGGUUUUAGGGCAUGUCAACAAUAUAUUAAUCUCCGCGGUGCUGCCCACGGCGCUCCGGGUGGCCCGGAAGAGGGCGCCCAAAGUGCUGGGCACCACCCUCGUGCUCGGCGUGCUUGCGGGCGUGGGGUAUUUUGCUUUUACGCUGUUCAGAAAGAGACUUGGAAGCAUGAUAUUAGCACUUAGACCCAGACGGCAUUAUUUCUAGGCUUGCGGGGAUCCAGUGGAGGAACUCAUCCUACCUUUAGCUCGACCUUGUCCACUCUGCCAGGCCAGGGAAGAAUGUCCCUGGGAAACUAGCAAAAACCAUAUUUUACUUUACUCUUCGAGUAGUUUAUGUGGGGAGAGGAGGCAAUGACAUUUUUUUUUUUUUUUAUGGGCUGGUAACACUGAGAUUCCUGAUUUGCAAACCUGAACUAAUCCGUCCUUCAAACACACGCCAAGGUCGAGGUAUGUCGAGGCUGAUAGGUGGAGAAUAGCCCUUGAACUCAAAAUGCCAGUUCAAGUUCCGGAUUUUGUUGUGGGGGAGGUUACUAUUAUAAGCAGAUAGUAAUAAUAACCUGAGAUUCCCUAUAGCUCUUUUAUCUGAAACUAUCUAGAUAUGCUGAAUGUUGGGUAGUUAGCAGCAUUGCUCCUGGGAUCCAGAUGUCAUCCUGUUACCCAGCAGGGGUCCAGACAGCAGCAGGGUGCAGCUGUGCUCCAUGUGGGCACUCCCAACUCAGGCGAAGUAGGAGGCAAAGGGAAGGGGGAGAGGGACCAUGCCGCCCACAGUGUGCAGGGCAGAACAGUGGAGCGCAGGCAACUUCAGGAGCCUCCGGAGCGCACGCUGCCUGUCCUCUAAGCAAACAUUACCGCGAUGACUUGUGCCCACGCCCACAUCCUCCUGGACUUGAGAACCUUGGGAAAAUAAGACUAAGGAGUUACAAGGCGGAGAGGGCUGGAGAAAACCCCAGGCUGGAUAGUUACAGCACCUCCUUUGACAUUAGUGUUAACUUUAAAUGCAUAUAAAUAACACUCCUUGAUUUAAUAAGAUGAACUGCUAGUAUACUUGGGUGUGAGAUGCCUACUAGGACACGUCUGCCUAGGACUGAUAUGAAAAUCUAAAGUGAUAUCACAAAGUUUCUUUUCAUGGUUCCCCAGUUUGAUGGUGCCUAUGUACGGUCAUGUCUAGUCACUGGGGACUUGGCCUCUGCAGCGCUCUUUAUGCACAAGUGGCAUCAGGUGACUGUCCCAGCUAAUCACUAGCAUGGCAUGUAGCUGGGUAGUGGCUUUGAUGACCUGGGAGUACUAAAUAUGGCCAUUCUGCAUUUGGGAGACAGGUGUGUUAACCCAAAAACUAUUGUCCUGGGCUUGCGUCUGUGUAUGAUCAUCAACACAGCUUCAUAAUGUUCCAGAGGAAGGGAAAGGUCUAGCUGUUGGUGGUUAAUUGAGGGAUGAUAAAAUGAAUGGCUAGAUAGUGACGUCCACCGAUAUUCAUUCAUAUACAUCUAAGCAUUUGGGGGGUACCUCAGUCCAUCUGGAAGGGAUGAUUUCAGUGUGUCCCCUGAACCACCAUAGAGCUGCAUCAUGCAGUUUGGCUCGGGGACAGUCUUUCGUGGUGAUGGGAAGACAGAGAUUUCCAGAGCUGGGCAGGAAGGCCUUGGGAGCAGGUUCGGUCUCUGGUAGAAAGUAUGUACAGAGAAUGAGGAGCUAAGAUUCCAGCGAACGUUAGCUUGCUCAGACUGCCUCAGAUGGGCUGUGCAAAACAGCCAAAGACUGGACCGACUUUUCCAUGAACAAGAAUUAGUCAUGCCUAGGAAACAAUGAUUUUUUGACGGUCAAAGUGUUCUAUAAUUCCAUUUCAUAAUCCAGUUGUUUCAGAAAAGCUUAAUGAACUGGAUGCUCUCUGUUUACAAAAAAUUAAUAACAUUUCCACUGUAAACUCAAUCCAACAAUUAUUAAUAGACUGGCAGCUUUAAUAAUGUCUUAAUUUUGCUCCUCAGUGCACUGUUGAAUAGUGAAGUUUGUUGCUGGAACAUUCUAAUUCAUGUAUCCAUAAAAGAUCCAAAAAAUGGAUUAUUCAGUAGUUCAUAGUAUUACUUUUUACCGUUAGAAGUAAGGUCUCGUACACAAAGAAACCAAAAUUGGAUUUUUAUAAAAACUUCAAAGGAUAAUUACCUAAGUAAGGGUUAUUCAUUAAGAAUAAAGAUUAGAAACCAGUGCUGGCUUUUCCUUACAUUUAUAUUAUUACUGCAUCUGAGAAAAUAUACUAGGAAGGAGUGUCUAUUAUUUUCUGGUACAGUUGCAUUGGAAAUAUGUUUGUAUCAAUAUUAAAGAUCAUGCAUCACGGUUAUUUCGCUUGUUUUAUGAUUGCCCUUGAGAUCCCACUUUUGAAAUGUUUGUUUAGGGAUGUCACAACCACUAGAUGUCACUGUUCAUCCAGGAGUCUGAGAUGGGCGUCCUUUAGGUUUAGCAAGACUCCUGAAAUGUUUCCACUGAAGACAAACAUGAAUGACCUCAGUUUCCGAAAUGAGGACACCUUCAUCAAAUCAUUCAUCUGUAGAAACGCUUGAGGCACAUGUGGUAUUGAUUUCUAAUGCUUUGGAAGGGAUAGCACUACCACACAAUGUCAAGCUAAAGAGCAGAACUUGUACUAUCUGCAAAAUUGGCACUUUUAUGUGUUUCCUUUUUCACCAUCAUUGGUGAGUGGUCAGUGGGCUCCUCAGUUUCCCAAAUAUGUGUAACUGUCACAAUUAGAAAAAUGCCCAAGGUACUAGAUUUACGUUGGCUAUUUGUGUCUUAAUGUGUAAGUACUAUUUUAUUGUGAUUGCAAUGCUAUGCCUUUGGAAUCCAACUUCCCUAGCUGCCAAUAGUUGUAAAUUGCUUGCUUGAUUUUUCAUAGUUACUGAUAUUGAGACUAGAGUUGUAGAUUUCUUGGUGUUGUGGAAUGUAAU